GGACAGCAUUCUGAACUCUACUCUGGCACUUCCUGAACCACCUAGCUUAUAAAUACCAGGGCAGGCCAGAGAAUCAGGGAGGAGUGAGCAGAAAUCCUCAGACCAGCUGGGCCUGUCCUCCAGGAGGAUGAGAAACUCCAAGACUGCCAUUUCAUUCUUUAUCCUUCUGGUUGUCCUUGGGUCCCAGGCUGGCCUCAUACAAGAAAUGGAAAAAGAAGAUCGUCGCUAUAACCCUCCAAUAAUCCAUCAAGGCUUUCAAGACUCUUCUUCAGACUGCUGCUUCUCCUAUGCCACACAGAUCCCGUGUAGAAGAUUUAUAGGUUAUUUCCCCACCAGUGGUGGGUGCAUCAAGCCGGGCAUCAUCUUUAUCAGCAGGAGGGGAAUCCAGGUCUGUGCCGACCCCAGCGAUCGGAGAGUUCAGAGGUGCCUAAGCACUCUGAAGCAAAGCCCAAGACCUGGGAACAAGGUCAUUGCUUGAGCAGGCAUUGUCACCACUUUCUUCUGUCUUCCCCAGUGACUGCCUGCCUAGGAGACCUUGUUUUUAUAGAUAUUUAAAGCAUUUAUCCUUCUGUUCAGGAUUAGAGCAGUCAACAGUAUUCAUGUGGACUCCGCCUGACACAGUUAGAGCCAUCUGGAGUUGUAAACAUCAAGAUUGUCUUUGAGUAAUUGUUGGGUUUUCUUGCGGUUUCUCAGCAGAUUAUAAAUGGAUAAAUUAUUAGGGUAGUCUUUGGGGCUUUGGAAUGUGUCUGGUUCUGAUACAAGCUUAAGCUGGGUAAUAUCCAGCUGAGAUGAAAUCAGUUUUGCCCUAGGCCAUACAUAUGUCCAGCUUUGUCCGUUCCCAGUUGUUCGCCUUGCCACAAUAGAGCAAUGAGCGCCCCCAAUAAAGUCCACUCCAUGUAGCCA